AGCAAUAAUACAAAGGUUUAGUUUAGUACAACUCCUCUUUUCUUUCCUUUUUUUGCACGGACGAAACUCCCAGGAACAACCCAACGUUGUCGCCUAGGGUUUCUCAUUCCUUGUCCGCCAAGAUUCCUUAACAUCUGGUGCCCUCAUUGACGUUCUCAUGUCUACGCCAACACCCGAGACUCCGGCCCAAGGUGCCAUCACCAUAGACGAUCUGCUACAAGCCAUCAACAACUUAAGCGCCGAACUCCAGGCGACGAAAGGCCAAGUGGCGGCCUUAGCCGCAAUAGCUCCUCAUGCCGAACCUCGCUGGAACCGUCCUCCCGGCAUGGGCUGGAGACCACCACCAAAUCGUCCUCCUAACGGUGGGCACAACAUUGAGGCUAUUCCGCGCAUGCGCGUGGAGGCACCACGUUUCAACGGGGACGAUCCGGCCGGUUGGAUCUUCCGAAUUCAAAAUUAUUUCGAUUAUUUUCUAACGCCCAAGGGUGAACGAUUGCAACUAGUUGCUAUGCUCAUUGAUUACCCGGCCUCGGAUAGAGGCCUUUGGACUGGCAGAGAGUUAUCAGCGACUCACCAGGAUUCUUCUUCCUUCCGCCGACCAUGGUCUACUCGUCCGUCGGGCCCACCCAUGGGAGUCACGCCAGUCAGCCCACCCACGGCCACCACAGGGACGCGGGUUACCACACCUACCACAGCACAGCCGCUGCCUAUCAUCAAGGUCACGCAAGCACAAAAAAAUGAACGGAGCAAAAAAGGGUUGUGUUGGUACUGUGAGGAAAAGUGGGCACCCAGUCACAAUUGUAAGAGUCGCUUCCUCGCUUAUAUGGGGCCUGAUGACGACGAGCCUUCCAGUGAGGUCAAAGUAGACAGUCCCCCGGAGGUCGACGAUGCGGUCAUCUUGGCCGACGUUUCCAGUCUGCAUUCCUUGGCCGGUAGCCCGAGCCCGCGGGCUCUAAAGCUGGUCGGAUCCGUCAAUACCCAGGAGGUGAAUGUCCUUUUGGACUCAGGUAGCACGCACAACUUUGUCCAUCCGAUGGUGGCAGAACGCUUGGCCUUGGUACUUCAUCUGGUUCCCCCGUUCCGCGUCUAUGUGGGAAACGGGGAUUCGCUGCGUUGCGCAUACUCCUGCCCGCGCACGCCGUUGCUGCUACAGGGUACUCUUUUUGAAGUCGACCUAUUUCUUUUGGAAAUCCAUGGGCUCGACGUUGUCCUCGGUGUUCAGUGGCUGCAAACAUUGGGGAAGGAACGGGCAGAGGUUCUGGAGGAUAUUCUCACUAAUCUCACAAAGAUGCAACAACGUAUGCACGAGCGAGCCAAUUUACAUCGUCGGGACGUCAAUUUUCAGGUGGGCGACCAAGUCCUCCACAAGAUACAACAGUACCGUCAGCAUUCUCUUGUGCGCCCACGCUCGUCCAAACUUGCUCGGCACUACUAUGGGCCAUUUGAGGUAAUCGAGCGCAUUGGUCCAGUAGCAUAUCGCCUUCGCCUCCCCGACAGAUGCCGCAUUCAUGAUGUCUUCCACGUAUCCUUAUUGCGGCCAUUUGUCUCCGGUCACCAGCUGCUGCUCAAUCCUUCCCUACCGGCUGAUCUUUUGCGUGGGCGAAAGGUGGCAGUGCCUCUUUCUGUAGGAAGGCGUCGUACAGUGCUUGACAACGGCAAACCGCAGGAACAAUGCCUCGUCCGUUGGUCAGAUGAUGGCGGUGCAAUGGCCACGUGGGAACCCAUCGAACACUUACGCACACAUUUUCCAAAUCUCGACCUUGAGGACAAGGUCGUUCUCAACCCCGGGGGAGUUGAUACGGGCCUAACGUUACACGAGGAACUAUCGGAUACAGGUCAUGAUGCUAUUCCUACAACACGUGAAGACCAUGCAGAUUGUGAGGAAGAACAUGAAGAUGUCCAACAGACUGGACGACCGAAGAGGAACACACGAUGACCAAAACGUUACGAGGAUUACGUUUAAUAAUUUUUAUGUUUAUUUCAUAUUUGUACUUUAGCCUUUUUUUAGGUGGACGAAUUAUAAGUCCCUUCAAGAGUUUUCUUUUCGGUUCUUUCCCUUGACGCUUUUCUUGAACCGACAGGAUUAGGAUUAGGGUUUCUCUACCAUUAUAUAAAGGGAACACCCCUUACUUUGUUAACCAAGCAAUAAUACAAAGGUUUAGAU